AUGAGCAGAGAGGGAAUUGAAAGGCACAGAGAGAUGAGCUUCUUGUGGACCGUAGCGUUUGGGAUUUUUACUUUUUUAUUUGUCAGGAUAAGCCGGUGGUUAUACCGAUGGUCAAACCCAAAGUGCAAUGGCAAGUUACCACCGGGAUCAAUGGGUUUCCCGAUCAUUGGAGAAACAGUUGACUUCUUCAAGCCUUAUGGAUUCAACGAGAUCUCUCCAUUCGUCAAGAAGAGAAUGUUAAGGUACGGACCAUUGUUUCGAACGAACAUACUUGGAUCCAACCUCAUCUUCUCGACAGAUCCAGAAGUAAAUUUUGAGAUUUUCCGGCAAGAGAACAAGUCUUUCGUUUUUUCUAUCCUUGAAAGUUCUAAUACUGUUUUUGGAAAAGAUAACUUGUUCCUCGAGCACGGGAACAUCCACAGACAGAUAAAACAAAUCACUCUCCAUCUUCUGGGUUCUGACGGUCUGAAACGAAGGAUUAUAGAUGACAUGGACAAAGCAACCCGCGAGCAUCUUAGAUCCAAGGCUAGUGAGGGUACAUAUGAUGUUAAGGAUGCAGUUGCAAGUUUGAUAAUAUCGUACAUGACACCAAAGAUGAUAAGUGACCUGAAGCCUGAGACUCAAAAAAAGCUGAUGAAGAUUUACAAAAACUUCAACUUUGAUUGGUUUAAAUCAAUAUUUAAUAUAUCCACCUGGAAGGCUCUCUACAAAGUCCUUAUGGCACGCAGAGACGCGGUCAAGGUGAUACAAGAUGUUCUCAAGAAGAGGAAAGCGACGAGAGGGAAGUAUGGAGACUUCGUUGACACAAUGAUAGAAGAGUUGGAGAAAGAUGGCAGUAUUUUUAACGAUGAUUACGCUAUAGGCCUCAUCUUCCUUGUUUCAGUCGUACCUCAGGAAGCUACCUCUACCAGUAUUUCAUUGAUCAUGAAGCAUCUAUCGGAAAACCCAAAAGUGCUUGCAGAGUUAAAGAGAGAGCAUGAGACCAUUCUUCAAAACAGAGAGGACAAGAAAUCUGGAGUUAGCUGGGAUGAAUACAGAAACAAGAUGACUUUCACUAACAUGGUUAUCAAUGAGUCACUUCGACUGGGAAACACGGCCCCAGUGUUGUUUAGAAAGGCGGUGAAUGAUGUCGAGAUCAAUGGAUACACUAUUCCAGCGGGUUGGACGGUGGCUGUUGCACCUCCAGUUGUUCAUUGUGACCCUCAAGUAUAUGAAAAUCCAUUUGAGUUUAACCCAUGGAGAUGGGCAGGGAAAGAUGUACGAGGGGGCUCUAAAACAUUUGUUGUGUUCGGCGUUGGAGUGAGACAGUGUGCUGGAGCAGAGUUUGCAAGGCUUCAGAUGGCAAUCUUUAUUCAUUAUCUUGUCACCAACUACGAUUUCUCACUGGCCAGAGAGUGCGAGGUGAUCCGGACACCUAUACCAAACUUUUCCAACGGCCUCUGUUUCAAUAUCUCCAAGUCUCCUGAGUGAUUCACUGGCUUAGCGGAUUUCAAAGCUUGCCAAAACGUCUUUAGUUUCAUUGUCUUUUCUUAUCUUCGAAUAAAAUAAUUGUAUUUUCUAGUUUUGAAUAAAAGAAUUGCCAAAACGUCUUUACUUUCUAAUUUAUAAUUUCUAAAGAAUCCUAAAUUUCUCUAUAUUAUUUUCUGUUAAUCUUUAUGAAGAGA